GAGCUAAGUUGGGUGCCAAUCUCGAGUGUGGCGAACCUCGUCCCGAUUGGACGAGUUUCAUCACGCGACUCGGUCAACAAACGCGAGUUCGACCAAUCCGGAGGUUCGUCUCUGAUCAAACCGAUCGGCUGAUCACCCGAUUGGAAUUGAUCAAUCGCAUCAGUCGUUCAUCAGUCAACCCGACCAAUCGCGAUUCACGUCUAAUCGGCGAUGGUGAAAGGGUCUCGAGACUUCAAGGCGAUCACUUGUGACAGUUGGUGGAAACUAGUCUUUCGACGUGACACUAGGAGCGGCGAAUUCUCGCGUACCUGUCAUUGGGAGAAGUGGUCUCAGUCAAGUAUCCGGGGUUUCUGUUUUGAGUAUAUUUACAUUAGAUUUAUAUAAGCGUAUGGCUCAUAUGUAGCGCGCGGGACGAUGGGACUUUAGUAAAUAGCACAAACAGAGUGUUUGCAAACAGAAUGCAUUGAUGUCGUCAAAUCAUCAAACACAAGCACUUCCCACUGAAGUAUCAUUCAGAAACGUCGAUGGGGAAUGGCUAACGUUGGAGGAGAAAGCAAGCACUGGCAGUGUCAUAAGCUUUGUGCUGCGUAGGGAACGGCGAUUUAAUAUAAAUCUCUGCCUGAUACUGGUCUGCGCGGUUGUCUUCGUAUGGGUCGUGUCGAAAACUCUGAUUCUGUCUCUACUGUCGGUGUUUGUCCUGAUACUCCUGCGAAACGUGUUCAUAAUUUCCGCAUGCCAUGAUACUUUAUUAGUUGUGGAAUCUGUUGGCGUGCAUAUCGAAUGCAAAAGAGGAUUCGGAAUUUUCUCGUCUACAGAAUUUUUACCAUGGGAUGUGGUGGAGGAUGUGUUCAUUAAUGAAGUCAUAAAAGGACAAAGGGUACUUUAUUAUCUCACAUUUAUUGUAAAAGAGUCAGUUGGUAGACAAGAUUCAACAAGAUUAGUUCCCCUAUUUCAAGAUCUACUGCCUGAGAGAAAAUGCCUGGAAUAUAUGUACGAACAUUUAGCAAAUUUAAUUGGAUCGACUCAAAAAAGGAAUCCUUCCUAACCAUUCCUGGAUCUUAUUGGCUGUGUUGCAAGAAGAAUAUAUACAAAUUUAUUUUUAGAUAUCAUCGUACAAUGAGAAAUACCGAGCAAUUUCCAUAUGGACGGGAAUUGUUAAAAAUUAUCAGAAGGAUCAUAAAGUGUCAUCCAAGCCAAGGUCAACAGUUUGGCACUCAACAUCUUCUUGUUACUUACAAUUGCACAUCUUGGACGCGCCAGGACAAAAUGUUCGCGAUAUUGAAAUUUCAGCAGAGACAAAAUGCCGCGACAUUCUCGCACGCGUUUGUGUUAACUAUACAAAUCUCUUCGUCGGAAGAAAACUCGUCGCGUAAUUUAAGAUGUCCGAUUGUCGGAGACGUUGAAUCGAAUGUUCCUUUGGCUAUUGACGAAGCGGCUAAGUCUGUGAUAUGUAACAAAACAUCUGCAAAAGAGACUGAGACGUGUCAGAGCAAAACAAUAGACCAGAUCUCGCAACAUAAUGAAGUUGAAACCACAUCAGAUGAGGUAUUAGAAACAUCCAAUUCUCGAGAUAAUGUAAAAGACUCUGUAAACGUUAACAAACAUCAAGAUGGGAGUACAACUGCGAUGUAUCUCGUUAACGAGAGUGGCUCAAAAUUGCUUAGUAACGUCAUCGGAAAUAAAUCAGUUAAUUUUGACGUCAGAAACCAGAAAAAAGCCGUAAAACACUCCAUCGAAGAUGCACAAGAACGAUGUUCCAAACGGAAAAAAACGGACGUGAGUAAGGAACAACGUGCUAUAAAUCAAAACUCGAAGUCAUUACAGAAGGAAAGGUCUUGGUUUACAGAAAUAGCAAACGUUACUAGAGAUUCGUCGUCACCUGGACCGAAGCUUAAUGAGAACGCUCGCGCUGUCGAUGCUGAGGAUGAUAAAGAUAAUAAUAAUAAAAAUGUACCGUAUAGAUAUUUUUUUGAGAAAGAUAUCGAAAGUGAGAAACACAACAGGAAAUCGAACACACUCUUGGCCACUGAUCGGUCAGUACAAGAGGAUUUGUCAAUCGAAAGAAAGAAUAACGAAACGUCCAUCGGUAAUGACAAAAUACUCGACUCGAAGUCCGAAGAAAGCAACGGGAAUCACACAUUGGCGAACGGUAAUAAUCAGUCGCAAAGUAAUGCACACCACAAGUCGUGCAGAUCUCGCAAACAAAAAGCCAGGGAAUCCGAGAAGAAGGCCAUACCAGACAAGAUCUUACGCACCUCUAAUAUUACCGACCUGGUAAUGGAGGGUCUGAUGUUUACCAUUCGACAAGAUCAGGACAGCGUGGCCGUCAUCGAGCAGAAGACCAAGUUAGAGGUGGACGAGGUGUUGGAGAAUUCGGAAAAGGCUGAGACGAAGGCCGGAGAAAAGUGUUUGUUGAAUUCAAGCCUGUUGAGACUGGAAAACAUGGUGACGAUGUUCGACUCGCCUCACGAGAAACGCGCACGUCGCAAAACUGGCCACGCCGGCAUUAGCAAUAACGCGUAUUCGAUACCAACGUUGAUCAACUCAUCGUCCGUUUAUCCUAGCACCACUGUAUAUAGUUCAGACGCCAAUUUUUUAGAUAGAAGAAUGAACAGAUCAAAUGUUCCGAUUGUUUACAGCAAACACAACACCGCGAAUGACUCGUGCCGAUGGGAACGUGAUUUCGAGAACAUGAGCGACAUGUAUUCAGUGAGCGGAAGUACAACCGGACGAAGUGACUUAAUGGAAUGGCAGAGUAGCGACAACGAACAAGAUGUAACGAAUAAGACCAGUAACGAGAAAGAGGAAAAGAGAGGAGACGAUGUUACUCCCGAGAGUUUUCAGUCUACAGUGUUUUCGACCGAGGAAACAAUUUUAGAGUCGCAAAACAGAAAUCCACUGAUUGAUACGAACACGGAGGUGACGUACAAGUGUGAUAUAUCGGCCGAAGAUUGCGGUUCUUUGUCGGAUUCAACCAUCAAGACAUCGGCGGAAGAAACGUCGCCAAUUUCGGAGGAGCCUGCCGACAAGUCGCGAGACAGAACAACCAGCGUUCCGAGAAUAAUUUCGAACAAGAUCAUUACCAUCGAUCAGAUGCCAUUUGUAUUGCAGAACGUAGUGCGAAGCGCGCGCAAGACCACGCGUGGAUUUUCUUCAGCCGCGAGCAGCGGCGAGACGUCGCAACGACGUGACAGCACAACGUCUUCAUCAGAAGACGCGAUCUCCAAGGAUUCCUCGUUGAAGAACAAACGUGAGGAUUUGUGCGCGGCGUCUGCCGAGCUCGACGAAACGGAACUCGACGAGUCGUCCGUAACGAUCGACGUUGGCAACGGAAACGCAUCACCGAGAAACAGAAAGGAGAGAAACAACGGGACCCACAGGGGUUCACGCCGACCGUCUUCGAGACAUCAUCACAGCUCGCCGAGAAAGUUGCAGGACAUCACGGAAGAGUUUUAUUACGACUUGCUCGCGCAAAACAAAGACGAUGUCGCUCGUCAGAGACGCCUCAGGCAGAGACGAAAAUGCGCGAGCAACGAUGUUAAAAACGGCAAGGUGCGCAUAGAGAUGUUGAAAUUUAUUCAGGAUAUCACGGAAGGUGCUAGGGUGGUGGUGCGACGAUUGAAUAUAGAAUAAAGCGCGACGACGUUGGUCCAAUUUAGGAAAAUUAAUUUACACCUCGGCAACGCAUCGGCAGUACGAUAUUGAUCGAAAGAUGCGCGUAAAAUUGUUAUACAUAUUUGCAUUAGAUACGUUAUGUGUGUGUGUGUGUGUGUGUGUGUGUGUGUGUGUACGCGCGCGCGCGCGCGCGCGUAUACACAUUUUAUUCAUAAAAAUAAUUCAUUGUAAAUAAAACAAUCGCAACUUUUUCUCCUAUCAUGAUUUUAUCCUUAUAAAUAAUUUGUUAAUAAAAAAAAAACAUUGUUGCUCCGAUGCAAAUUGUAUAUUAAAAUUGAAAUGUA